AGUAUGUUGGAUAAAGGACAUUGUUGUGGCAGUAACUGGAGAAAACAUAGAAGCAAUGAAAAGUAUCAUCCAGAAAUAUCAGCAUAAAGGCAUCUCACUAGUUGAAGCUGGAGUGACACGCCACAGGUCAAUUUUCAAUGGACUGAAAGUACUGGCAGGGGACCAGCCUGGCUCCAGACUCUCCAGGCCUGAAGUUGUGAUUAUCCAUGAUGCUGUCAGACCAUUUUUUGAAGAGGAUGACCUCCUCAAAGUUGUCAAAGCUGCUAAGGAACAUGGGGCAGCAGGAGCAGUUCGACCUCUUGUGUCUACCGUCAUCAGUCCCUCUACUGAAGGUUGCUUAGACCACUCGUUAGAACGUGCCAGAUACAGAGCAAGUGAAAUGCCACAGGCUUUUCUAUUUGAUGUCAUCUAUGAAGCCUAUCAGCAGUGUAGUGACUAUGACUUGGAUUUCGGAACCGAGUGUUUGCAGUUGGCUCUAAAAUACUGUGGCACUAACGCCAAACUUGUAGAAGGAUCACCCGAUCUCUGGAAGGUGACCUACAAACGAGAUCUGUAUGCGGCUGAAUCGAUUAUUAAGGAGAGAAUUUCACAAGAGAUUUGCAUAGUUGUGGAUAAAGAAGAAAAGGAGCACAUAGGUCACCUUCUUGAAGCUGUGCUAAGGAAUGAAUUAAAUCAUGUAAAGGUCACAUCUGGGGUUCCAUGUCAUGCUGGCGGCAGUAUUCAGCACAUCAUCGAACAGUGCUACAGUUUUGUUUGUGUGAAUGUUAUGACAGCUGAUUUUCAGAACACCCAGAAGUUACUGGACAUGCUUGAGGAAUGCAACCUUUCCAUUUUAUAUCCUGUAGUUGUGUUUUCGGUGCAUUUUCUUGAUUUUGAAGUAGGACCUCUCAGUCAGAAAAUGGAAAGCCUAAUGUGGAUUAGAGAAUUUGCAAUAGAAGCGAAAAAGAGAAAUAUUUUAUUAUGUGGUCUUCUAAUAAAUUAUUCACAGGAUGAACGGAAGCUACAGGAGAGCUUAAGGCAAGGUGCCAUCAUUAUCGCUACCUUAAUGAAAGAGAGAAAUUUUGCCCUCGUUGGUCAGCUGCUGGUAGCGUGAAGGACACAGAAAGAAAUUGUCGUUCAGGCUUCUGAAGACACUUGCCUGUCUAUCAUCGCCUCUCCUUCCCCACCCCUGCUCCCUCUCACUGUCAGCAGGAGAAAUGUUCCAGUUGUUUUGUACAUCUUAGAAGUUAGGGAAUGUGGUGCUUAGAUAAUAAAAGUGCAUCGGUGUUUGUGUCUGUCAAGUUGGGUGUGUCAAAUAUAAAGAGUAAGUAGGUGAGCAACAACUGCUUUCGUAUAAAGUAUGUUUUCACCAAGUUCAAAAGUGAGAGUGAGAUAAUAAUGGUGAGCUAUUCCUUCAAGGAAUGAAAAUUUAGAAAACUUCAGUUAUUAUCUUAACUCUGUUAUUUAAUAAAUCACAGUAUAAUGAA